AUGACAACAAAAAACCCCAAAAAACAUGGCAAAAUCAUCUUCUUAACCAAACUUCAAUUGAAAUGUUUAACCAUCAUGAUUUCUUUCGCUUUAACCGGUAUGGUUAGCAUUCAAGAAUAUGUCAUCCUUGGUUUCUCCUACAUAUACUUGCACAUCCUUUCUAAGUUUGCCUUCCCUAAUACCUCUCCGAUCAACCCAUCAGUAUUCGCCUCAAUUUUUCCGAGAAGCAAAACGAAUGACGCUUAUGUGCUCUUAACCGCGAUCAUUGGAUUGUUUUUACCCAUAACGUACAUCUUUCAUGGGGUGUUGGAAGGUAACAAAAGUAGGAUAGAAGCGGCUGUUCCUCAUGUUUUUCUCCUUGCAAGUCAAGUUUUCAUGGAAGGUGUUGCAUUUUCAAGCGGGUUUUCUCUGCCUGUUUUUGUUUUCGUACCCGUUUUCUACAAUUCCUACAGGUUGUUCUCCAUUAAGGCAUGGGUCGAGAAUGCGUUUUUGAAAGUCGAGGAUGGUAGUUUGAUGGUUGGAAAAGCUCUUGCGCUUGCUAAUGUUGGGAUAUGGACUUAUAAUUUGUUUGGGUUUUUGCUUCCUGAUUUUCUUUCUAAAGUUUUGAAGGCAUACUACUCAUUACCAUUUAUGGAUAUGGGGGUUAGCCUUUUCCUUGCCCCAAAGAAAGAAUCUCUUCAAUUCUUUCUGGCCAACCUGAAUUCAAUAUCCGAGCAAAAUUCUCUAUUUCCCUAUAGUAAAAGUGAAAAAGAAAACUGA